CAAACAUUUGGACACUUCAUUCAAAUGUGAUUUCUUGCGAUUCAAGUGACGGACAAACGAUGAGGUGAUCGAUGGGUGUCUUGAGGCAGGCGUUGAUUAUCGGCGGCUCUCGAGGUAUCGGAUACUCCGUUGCCCUUAGAUUUGCGGUCAGUUUGUGUCCAUCACUGUCUUCACGAGAGUUGUGUUUUACGUUUCUUUCCUAACUGUAAUGUCAACAGAAAAGUGGUUAUAAUGUGAUAAUAAUGUCGAAGAAUGGAGAAAAUGUGGCCAAAAGUGUGGAAUCGCUGAAGAAGUGGUCGAAAGAGAAGACAGGAGUGACGGUCAGCGGACAGGUAUGCGAUAUAUCGAGUCCUGCGUCCAUUGAAGGCAGUGUUAAGAGUAUUGACCGGAGUUUGGGUGCCAUUGAAGUGCUGGUGAACGCGGCGGCCAUUAAUUCAGACAAAUUGCUCUUUAAUUCGUCCGAAGAUAUGAUCAAAGAUACCAUUGAAACCAAUUUAAUGGGAACUAUAUUUAUGUGCAAAACUGUGUUGAAGCACAUGAUUAGACACAAAAAGGGGUCCAUUGUUAACAUAGGAAGUGUUGUGGGACUGAAGGGAAAUACGGGUCAAACGAUAUACUCGGCCUCAAAGGCUGGACUCAUUGGGUUCACAAAGUCUUUGGCUAAAGAGGUGGCGCCCAUUGGCAUAACCGUCAAUCUGAUAGCACCCGGUUUUGUGAGGACUGACAUGACGUCUAAUAUAAUUAAACCAAAGCCUGAAGAACUGAUUCCUCUGCAGCGAAUCGGUUCUCCCGAAGAGGUCGCAGAAGCCGUUCAUUUCUUGGCCAAUGCCUCGUAUAUUACGGGAGAAGUGCUGUUAUGUGACGGAGGACUACAUCUAGUCUUAUAA